GAUGAUAGUCCAUCUCGUCUCAAGCCGCUGCUUUCAAGUUUCUUUCACAUACAGGACUUUUUUACUCUUCUUCUUUUACUCUUCAGUUAUUUAAUGGAUUUUUUCCAAAAUUGAAAGAAGUGGGAAAACAUACAGAUAUCUUCAGUAAAUUGAACAGAAGUCUGGGUCAAACUCAAGGAUAUUUUGUGUAACGCAACUAUGUCCAGAAGGAAGGUGAGGGGACUCACUAAAACCGGGCGACAGGUGAGCGAAGACCCGGACCUCGACAAUUUACUGUCGAACCUGUCUCCCGAAGAAAUGGAGGAGUUGCAGAAAGAGGUUUUGGUCGUUCCAGACCCAGAUCCGAGUGAAAUAGUCAUUAUAGACCAAACAGAUUUAAAACCAACUGCACCUGUUAAAAAGGAUUCUCACUUGGGCAGCCAGGCUGAUGAUUUCAGAGGCUGCUUUCAUAGAAACCUGUCCACCGAGGGAGAGCCCAAGAAGGAGAGUCGGAAGCAAGAGUACCUGCGUAAAAUGGGCCUAAGCCAAGAGAAAAAUAUCUCCUGGUCUGACGGCAGAGAUGGAGGACUUCAGAGACAAAGCAGCAUUACCACCUCCUCUUCCUGCCUGAAAAGUGACAGCAGAAUGGAAGACAGAAAACGCAGACUCACAGAGGGGUCUAAAUUUGACAAAGCCGGCCCAUCUCCCUUUUCAAAAAAGGACGAGGAGAGUGAGAGGAAAGGAGAGGUGCAGGAAAAAGAACAAAAUGAUUGGAGUAAACUCAAGGAUAGAAAAGAGGCCAGGGAAAGUAGCAGCAUCAGCAAAACCAAAGAAUUAAUAUCCAAGCUUCAAGAUAAAAAUGAGGAUACUAAAGAAAAAAACAGAAAAGAAGACAGUCGUAAAAGCCAAUCUGGAGAAAGCAGAACAAAGGAGAUGAUCUCUAGGAUACGGGAGAAAGAGGAGAAGGACAGGGAGAGAAAGGAAGAGAUUAGGAAGAGAGAGGAGAACAAGACGAAAAGCUAUACUUCCAGGUUAGAGGAAAAGCAAAAUCAGGCUGUAGAAAACAAGACAGAGGACAAUAAUUUGAAAGAAGAGAAGAAGGAUGAGGAUGUAAAACAAGUAAUAAAGUCAAAUGAAAGCGAGAAAGAGGGCCCAGAGCCGGAAAAGGCACAAAGGAGAGGAGAAAACAUGAAGAUGAAGGGAGGAGGGGAUGUUAAGGAACACAAUGAGAUUGCAAAUGAAGUUCAUGAAUCCAUCGAGGAGAAGAUUGGAAACUGCAUAUCAGACAACGUUUCAAAAAGUAAGAGCGAAGAGGAGGAAGAGUCAGCAAGCAUGUUCGAUGAAGAUUUGGAGAGAGUUUUACGCAAUGAUCCAGGGAUGACUGAACUUAAUUUAAACAACUCUGAGGUCAUAAAAACCAAAACGCUAGUUCAGUUUGCCGAGGCCUUGAAAGAUAACACACACAUCAAAACGUUUUCUUUGGCUAACUGCCGUGCCGAUGACCAUGUGGCUUAUGCUAUUGCCGAGACUUUACGCAGUAACAAAAGCAUCACAAGCAUCAAUAUGGACUCCAAUCUUCUUACCAGUAAAGGCAUCAUGGCUCUAAUCUACGCCCUCCAGCACAACUCCACACUCACUGAGCUACGCUUCCACAACCAGCGGCACAUCUGUGGAGGUAAGUCUGAGAUGGAGAUGACCAAAGUUUUGAAAGAGAACACAACUCUUCUGAAACUAGGCUACCAUUUUGAGCUAGCUGGCCCUCGUAUGACCAUGACUAAUAUUCUCAGUCGCAACAUGGACCGCCAACGGCAAAAGCGGCUGCAGGAACAGAAGCAGGCUCAAGCCCAAGGCACUGGAGACAAGAAAUCUUCAUUAGAAGUUCCAAAAACUGGCUUUGGUAAAGGUUCUCCCAGAGCCUCUCCCAAGCCAUCUCCUCAUCCAUCUCCCAUACCAUCACCUGCCCCGUCCCCUAAGUUGACACAUAAGAAAGGGGGCAGUGGAACUGGUGGUGGACCACCACCCCCGCCACCACCAGGAGGUCCCCCACCACCUCCACCUCCAAUGCUAGAUGGAGACUUCUUGAAGAACUUACUGACGCCUAUAUCAAAAAGGAAGCUUGAAGAUAGGACUGGAGGAAGAGGAGGAAAUCAAAACUCAAGGGAUCAACUUCUAGCAUCCAUUCGGGGCAGCAAUCUCAAACAGCUGAAAAAGGUUGCAGUACCUAAACUUUUGCAAUAAGCAGGCCGUGCAGAGAGAGAUUAAUGUGGAUGGAGAAAAAGGACAGGAAUUAAACGACAGACAUCUCACAGACCUUGAGAAGAUCAACGCUCAGAAUCUUCCAAAAGGAGUCUUACUGCUGCCCUAUCGUAUGAAAGACGGGCAGGGACUCGUAUAUGGUGAUCUUCCAUUGAAUGCGCAGCUUCUGCCCAGGAGUCUUUGUACAAAAUACACUGGACUGUAGAAAAUAAUGGAAGCAUGGUGCAGUCAAGGAUGCUCAGAGGCUUAAAUGGCCUGUGGUACUGCAGAGUUGAUUCCUUGCUUGUCAUUUGCACUAAAUGAAUAAUUUCAAAUUAUAGUUUUAUAUGUGUGUGUGUGUGUGUGUGUGUGUGUGUGUGUGUGUGUGUGUGUGUGUGUGUGUGUGUGUUUGGAACAAUUUAAAUGUGUAGAAGAUGUUUGCUUGCUUUGUUUCUGCAGCUGAAUUGGAAAUUCUCAUUGCUGACUGCAUUUACUAAUGUGAGAAAAAAGCAAUCUCCUGGAUUUUAUCUUGUUAUUUUGGGUUUGGGAAUAUCUAUAUCAAAAGCAUUUGCUGAUCAGGGAAUAAAGAGGGAAUUCUAAUUUUAAAAAUCCCCAAAUUAUAUAAAUAAAAGUAUUGUAAAGUAGAGAUUAUUUUAUUCCUUAUA